UGCCCCUUUUACCCAUUUUUAAUAGGUUCAGGGUAUAUUUACAACAAAUAUACUUUAUCAAUUCGUGAUUCGGAAAAUUUGCAACUUGUUUGCUUAUAAUCAAGUCCUCUUCAAGCUGUUUGUGAAAAUGAGUUAAAGAUAGUUAGUGAAAAAUAGACAAAUUUUAUAAAAAAAUUAAAUCAUCCUGCACUAGAGAAAAACGUUUCUUUUCACAAUUUGAAAAUAUAUAUUUUUUUUAAACAUUUGCCUUUUAGGGAAUUUGUUUCUUAACAUAACUCAUAUCGUCAAGAACGCUUUUUGUAUUUGAGAAAAAAUGUUAAUUUCACAGCGUUUUUCUAAAAUUGAGUGAUCGAUUUUUUAUAGAACUAAAGACACCAUAAUCGUUGUGCAGAAUUUCUUAUAGUAUACUGGCAGAAUAUUUCACUUAUGCAAGUGGAUACCUUCACCUAAAAUUGAAAAACACAAAUUUUAGGUGAUAUAGUAUUUGGCUACUCACAACCCCCACACAUUUGAAUGCCAUACUUAUGCCCUAAGAAUGUUAUAGAAGUUUUGGGGAAUAUCCCCGCAAUUCCAGGCAGGAGCAUUCAUACUUGUUUCGGCUGCUAUGACCCGUAAUUGAUCUGUGCCGCAAAUUGAUAUUCGGGCUAUAGAGGACUCUGGGCUAAGCUCAAAGCUCGAAAGCCUGAAUAGGCAUGAAAAGCCCCAAGAAAUGUCUUAAGUAAAUAUACAAAUGGCUGAUAGCUGUUCGCAGAAAAGGCGUAAAUGAAGUGUAUUCUAAAGAAGGAGGGUAAAAGUAAUAUUUGGAAAAGUUUAAAUUCGAAUCGUAUCCGGCCUCAAAAAGGAGGCCCGGACAAACACCAGAUUUCUUUUACUAGGCGAAUAUCGCAACGUUAGUUUGCUCCGAUUCAAAGUACUUGGCAAAAGAGGCAACGUUACGCACUACAUGGGGUCUAAGCAUGUGAAGCAUCUAAACACACUUAAGUGCCACUUCCGUUCCGGGCUGGAAAACAGGCAAAGAAAUGAAAUUUGCAGUUAGUGAUGAUGGUCAUGAUGGUCAGCGUAGAUGGACGAGGGCAUAAUGAUGAAGCUAAAUUAAAAUAUAUAAAUGAAAAUUGAAAUAAUAAAGCAGCAAUAUGCAGUUGCUUAUCCUGGGACGCGCCAUUGCAAGCGGCUUACGAGCAAUUAAAAUUUUACAAUUUAAACGCUUGUGCAGCCGUCGACGGCGGCGUCGGCGUCGGCGUCGACGGCGCAGCUUCAGGGCCAACAGCACGCGCCUUGUGUGGUAGUGCGAGACGAACAAUCUGCGACCACGGACGUAUGCAAAAGAGGGAGAAAGGAGAAUUGCGUUUGUUUUGACAAGUGCGCAUAAGUACUGUUGGGAUAUUUAGUUUUGUUGUAUCGUUUUAUUUAUUGCUGCCUGGGUGCUGCUGUUCAUGCACAAUUUGUCGUCACUUGCGACGAUGAUGACUUAAUUUUUUUAACAGCAGCCCACAAUCAGCGCGUCGAGCUGACCGAAGAGGUUGCUUCACUUCCGUCGGCUCAUUCGCACUCUGGGAACCAUACAGUGCACAUAUGUAGGCACACUCAUGCACAUAUUAAAUAUGGAUAUGAAUAUGGAUAUGGACAUGGACAUGAACAUUACCAUCAAUGCCAGUGAGGUGCUUGAAUUUUCAUCAUAUCUUCUAUCGUCGUUUGCCAACGCCGACAGCAAUGGCAGUGGCAGCAAUGUCGGCGCUGAUUCGGAGGACUCACUUAUUUGCAGUUCCCGCAAGCUGGCAGUGCCCAGGCAGAAGAUCAACGCUCGGGAGCGGCACCGUACAUUCAACGUGAAUGCUGCAUACGAGGAGCUGCGCGGCCUAAUUCCGACGGAGCCCGUAAACCGCAAACUAUCCAAAAUAGAAAUAAUACACUUGGCCAGUAGCUAUAUCACACAUCUCCGCAGCACAUUGCACGCAGGCAAGGACAUUUGUGGUUAAUAAAUUUACU